AUUCUUAAAACUCAUGCUUUUUUUCUGUAAUGAGUAAUGGGUGAGAAAAAGACCAAAAAACGUCCUAAUUCGAAUAGAAAUGAAUCGAGCAGUUUGAAAAAAAGGGUAAAGUUAGAUGAAGAGGACACAGAGGCAGAAAAACAGUCAAAAGUAUCCAGUGAGGACCUAAGUCUUGUCAAUAAAAUAAUUCAAGGUGCUCCAUCGUCAAAUUGGAAGGCGUUACAAGCUAAAAUAGCUCCUUCGGGAUCAAACGCGAAAAGAAAGCCUAAGCGAAAAACUGAGAAUAAACAAUCGUCGAAACUAUGGUUUGACGGUGUAGACGAAGAAUUAUUGGAUGAUGACGUUAAAGAUACAAAAGAGAAGUCGAAAAAGAAAGGACCAACUGACAAAAAAGAAUUAACAAAAGCAAUAGCAAUGGAUUGUGAGAUGGUUGGAAUAGGGGAAAAAGGUCGAGAAUCAAUGUUAGCUAGAGUCUCUCUUGUUAAUCAGCACGGAGUCUGUGUCUACGACGAAUUCGUUAAACCGAGAGAAAAGGUUACCGACUAUAGAACAUUUGUUAGCGGUAUUAGAAAAUCUGAUUUUGCUGCAGCAAAAAGUUUUGAUGUUGUACAAAAAGAAGUUUAUAACAUCAUAAAGGAUAGAAUACUUGUUGGACACGCUUUGGAUAAUGAUAUGAAAGUUCUAUAUUUGGAUCAUCCAAAAAGUAAAGUAAGAGAUUCAGCAAGGUAUAGGCCAUUUAAGGCGUUGUUUAAUGGUAAAACACCUUCGUUGAAGAAACUUGCUGAUAAAUUAUUAAAUAUGACUAUUCAAACUGGAGAGCAUAGCUCCGUCCAAGACGCUCAAGCCGUUAUGGCAGUUUAUAUGACAAGGAGAAAAAAAUGGGAAACCGAAAUGAAGUUAAGAAAACCAGUUGUAGCUCCAUUAAGUAAAGGAAAGUCAUCAAAAAAAAGACUGAAAACAAAGAGGGGGAAAAAGAACAAAGAAUAGGAAUGUUUAAUAUUUUCUCUCUAAAUCUUUAAUAACAAUAUAUCUUCUACAUUUAUUAUGCUCUCUACCAAGACCGAUUAAUGCAUUAGAACAUAAUAAAUUCAAAGCUCUGUUUGCGAAGUAAAUAAUUUCAUUUAACAAAAAGAAAAUAUUUAAUACAAAAAAAGCGAUAAACAAGAAAUACUUUUCACUUGUAAACAAGUAAUUAUUUUUCUUGAUACAAAACGAAAGAUUUCUAAAGGACCUUUCAUAUAUUACCUUCUAUUCGAAAUAAUGAAACAUUGUUCCUCCCAGCGACGUUCUAUUAGACAGUCUAAGAAUAUACUUUAUCCGAAAGCUUCUUGUUUUUCAAUCUGAUAAAAAAUGAGUAGAAGAAACAUCCUAAUUGCA